AUCAAGGCUCACUCACAGAUCCCCCUCCACAUACACCUGGCCACUGAACGCUAUCAGUCGGACAGUAGUGACGGCACAUCAUGCUAAGAGGCACAGGUCUGUGGCUGCUCUCGGCAGUGAUCUGCCUGAAUGUCCUGCAUGGGAAAGCUUACACGAGAUUUGAUGACAGCAAUUCAUCCGUUACACUUCCAAAUUGGAGGACAGGUGCAGAAUAUAUAACACAAUGUGAUUUCAAUGAGAACCUCACUCCACUUUGUGGUUGGAGUGCAGCAGGGCUGUUACGGACGCUGAGUGGAGAAGGGGAGUUCCACCUUGUGAUGGAUGACUCUGUAAUGAGCCCCUCUGGCCGACUGGAGAGUGACAUCUUUAACGCGUCCGAGGAGUCGUGCCUGGAGUUCUGGUACCACGUGCCAGCUGGCCACAACAGCACAGAGCUGAGGGUCCUCCUGAGGCGUGCAGACACAGACACAGGGGAGACACAGCUGUGGAGCUCGUCCACCGCGGAGGACACCGAUGCCUGGAGGCAAGAGUUCCUUCCCCUGGGGCAGUCAGAGGAGAUGGGCAUGCAGGUGGUAUUUGAGAUGGCCCAAGAUCUUCCCGAGGAUGGGGAGGUUGCCAUUGAUAAAGUUGGAAUCAGGAAAGGACAGUGUGGGGUGCAGUGUCAGGAUGGGAGUGAGUUCUGGACAGACGAGGCCACCCGUUGUGUGUGCAGCGGGGGCCGACUCUCGUGUUCCCCGGCCACCUGCCCAGAGGGACACACCUGUGUCCAGUCAGCCCCAACCGGCAGCUCGGAACCCUCCGGCACCUGUGUGGCCCACAGCAAGCCUCGCUACACCACUUUUGACGGGGUCAACUUCGGCUUCGUGGGGCCCUGCACCUACAUCCUGGCCAAGACGUGCACUGAGGGAGCGACAGAGCAGCCUCUACCCUUCAUCGUGGAGGCGGAGAACGAGCAGCAGGGGAACUCGUCUGUCUCAUCUGUCCAGCAGGUGAACGUGGACCUAAAGGGUGUCCACCUGUCCAUGCUGAGGAAGGAGUUUAAAAGAGUUAUGGUGAAUGGCAUGUGGAGAAGUCUUCCCUUGAGCCUGAGUGGAGGGACUAUCACAAUCAAAAAAAAAGGAGCCAAAGUGAUUCUGAUGACAGACUUCCUCCUGACCGUGUCCUACCACGCCUCUGGGGAGGUGCGGGUGACGGUUCCCGGCCAGUACUUGGGCAAGCUCUGCGGCAUGUGCGGCAACUUCAACCACAUCAAAGAGGAUGACUUCAUUCGGCCAGACGGCUUGCUGGCGGCCGACGCAGACACCCUGGGCCAGAGUUGGCAGAGCAGCAGUACUCGGUGCGACGCGCCCAUUCUGCCCAGCGUGUGCCGGGGCCAGGAGACGCUGGAGUACGCAUCGGAGCCCUACUGUGGCGCCGUCCUGGCCGCCGACGGGCCGUUCGCCGCCUGCUCGGAAGCCCUGAGCGCCGAGAGCUUCAUUGCCAGCUGUGUGUUGGACAUGUGCACCACCCACGGGGACCCGGAGACCCUGUGCGACCUGCUCAACACCUACGCCAUCACCUGUCGCCAGGCCGGCAUCACCGUGCCCCAGUGGAGAAACAGCACGUUCUGCCCUCUGGUGUGUGCUGAGAACAGCCACUAUAACGCCUGUGCCAGUGGCUGCCCCGAGGUCUGCUCCAGCAUGGACGUGGCAGAGUCCUGCGGAGGGCAGUGUGAGGAGAGGUGCGAGUGUGACCCUGGCUUCAUGCUGAGUGCAGGGAGCUGUGUGCCCGCCCAGGACUGUGGCUGCUGGGUGGACGGGGAACACUACGAGAAAGGCAUGACGUUCAUGGCAGGGCAGUGUGACAGGCUUUGCCAGUGCAUGGGCCAGGACAAUGUCCUGUGCUCUGCCUCAUCCUGCUCCGCCGACCAAGUCUGCAAGGUCAGGUACGGGGUCAUGGGCUGCGAGCCAUCUGAGCUGGUCACCUGUUACGUCUACGGUGACCCCCAUUACAUCACCUUCGACGGCAAGGCCUACAACUUCCAGGGCGGCUGCAACUACACGCUGGCAAAGACGUGCGGCCCCACGCCUUUUCAAUUUACUGUGACGACCCGCAACCAGAACUCUGUGCGUUCCACCUGGUCAGCACUGGAGUCUGUGGCCCUCGAGUUGGACGGCCUCCACAUCGCCAUGAGGAUGGGCAAAAGAGUUUAUGUAAACGGAGCUGAGGUUUUCCCACCUAUGGCACCUAGCGCUGCCAUCGACAUAUCCUUUAAUGGAACCUAUGUUCACCUGCACACUGACUUUGGACUGUCCCUCCUCUUUGAUGGCGAGAACCGUCUCUUCCUCCAAGUGGAUGAACGCUACAAGGGGCAGAUAUGUGGCCUAUGUGGCACCUACUCUGGCAGCCAGUUUGAUGAUUUUGUGACCCCCGACGGAGAGCUCCUCGGCAGGCCAGGCCCGUUUGGGAACAGCUGGAAGGUGGCAGACACUGACUGGACUUGCACAGACGAAUCCGCCGUGCAGCCUUCCUGCCCCCCCGAGCUGCAGCAGCAGGGUUUCCAGGAGUGUAGUAAGAUGUUCGGGGACACUUUCAUGGCCUGCCACAUGUUCGUGCCCCCACAAAUUUAUGUGGACAGCUGUGUGUACGACCACUGUGCCACCAUCGGGGACCUGGACAAGCUCUGUGCCUCGCUGGAGUCCUAUGUUAGAGCCUGCGAGAUAAACGGGUGGCGCUGGGGGACUGGAGUAAAGACACCGUCUGUGGUGAGCUGCUACUUCAACUGCAUUCAACUUCCAUAUCCCACAGCCACAACCAUACCAAUUACAACAACUCCAACCACCCCAUCUCCAGCUCAUUGCCCAUUAAACUGCAAUUUUGACAUUGAUGAAUGUGGAUGGCAUCAGCUUGUGCAGGACAGUUUCGAUUGGACCAGACACUCAGGCUCCACCCAUUCGGACCUCACCGGACCAUCCAGUGAUCACACAACAGGAAGUGGCUACUACAUGCACCUGGAAGGUGACGACGGGGUCCAUGGCGACUCGGCCCGUAUGAUGAGCCCGGCGUGCACCGUGCCAGGCAACCACUGCCUGCGCUUCUGGUACCACAUGUACGGCACGUCCUUCCUUAUGGCGCUCAACGUCUACCAGCUGGUUGACAACAAGGCCACAAAGGUCUGGUCCAAACUCAACAACCAGGGCAACUACUGGCAAGAGGCGAAGGUGAACAUUAAGGUGUCCGGGCCGUUUCAGAUCAUUGUGGAAGCAAUCAGAGGUUCCACUGAGUUGUCUGACGUGGCACUGGAUGAUGUCUCGAUAACAUAUGGAGGAUGUGGAGAUUCAUCGAGCACAGGCAUAUACCCUACCACACUGCCCCCUGUGACAAAUGGAAACUCAGGAAAUCCCCACCCAGUCUGUGACAUCGCCUGUAAUUUCGACAAUAGCCUCUGUUCAUGGCACCAGCUGCCCACUGACAGUUUUGAUUGGACAUGGCAGAGUGGCUCCACCCCUACUCUGAUGACAGGUCCCUCCUCAGAUCACACCAGUGGAGGUGGCCAUUACCUAUAUGUUGAAGGAGACGGAGUGCAUAACGGUGACACAGCUCGCAUCCUGAGUGGAGAAUGUUCUGAUCCGGGUCCCCAGUGUCUUCAGUUCUGGUACCACAUGUAUGGCACAGCAGACACCAUGGGCCUAAGCGUGCAUCUUUUGGAGGACCGACUGACACAAGGAGUUUGGACCAAGAGGAACAACCAAGGAGAUAAAUGGCAUAAAGCAGAGAUUGACCUGAUGACUACGGGCCCAUUUCAGAUAAUUUUAGAGGGACGCAGAGGAACAACCGAACUCUCUGAUGUGGCUGUGGAUGAUAUCUCACUUUAUCGUGGUUCCUGCGCAGACUUAGUGAAACCAGUUUCCCCUUCUCCCACUUCAAGUGUAAAUAUCUCAGCAACUACAGUCAUGCUAGAGACAACAGCACCUCCAGUUAAUCCAGAAACACCAGCACCACCAGUUAAUCCAGAAACGCCAGCACCUCCAGUAAAUCCAGAAACGGCAGCACCUCCAGUUAACCCAGAAACACCAGCACCUUCAGUUAAUCCAGAAACACCAGCACCUCCAGUUAAUCCAGAAACGCCAGCACCUCCAGUAAACCCAGAGACACCAGCACCUCCAGUAAAUCCAGAAACGGCAGCACCUCCAGUUAACCCAGAAACACCAGCACCUCCAGUUAAUCCAGAAACACCAGCACCUCCAGUUAAUCCAGAAACACCAGCACCACCAGUUAAUCCAGAAACACCAGCACCACCAGUAAAUCCAGAAACGGCAGCACCUCCAGUUAAUCCAGAAACACCAGCACCACCAGUUAAUCCUGAAACACCAGCACCUCCAGUUAACCCGGAAACACCAGCACCUCCAGUAAAUCCAGAAACACCAGCACCUCCAGUUAACCCAGAGACACCAGCACCUCCAGUUAACCCAGAGACACCAGCACCUCCAGUAAACCCAGAGACACCAGCACCACCAGUUAAUCCAGAAACACCAGCACCUUCAGUUAACCCGGAAACACCAGCACCUCCAGUAAAUCCAGAAACACCAGCACCUCCAGUUAACCCAGAGACACCAGCACCUCCAGUUAACCCAGAGACACCAGCACCUCCAGUAAAUCCAGAAACACCAGCACCACCAGUUAAUCCAGAAACACCAGCACCUUCAGUUAACCCAGAGACACCAGCACCUCCAGUAAAUCCAGAGACACCAGCACCUCCAGUUAAUCCAGAGACACCAGCACCUCCUACAAGUAAUCCAGAAACGCCAGCACCACCAGUUAAUCCAGAGACACCAGCACCUCCAGUAAAUCCAGAGACACCAGCACCUCCAGUAAAUCCAGAAACACCAGCACCACCAGUUAAUCCAGAGACACCAGCACCUCCAAUUAACCCAGAGACACCAGCACCUCCAGUAAAUCCAGAGACACCAGCACCACCAGUUAAUCCAGAGACACCAGCACCUCCAGUAAAUCCAGAGACACCAGCACCACCAGUUAAUCCAGAGACACCAGCACCUCCUCCAGUAAACCCAGAAACCCCAGCUCCCCCAACAGUCAAACCCACCACAUCUGCACCAACCACUCCAGAGCCAACCCCAUCGUGUCCAAAGAAUAGCCACUUCACUGACUGCAUGCCUGCCUGCCAGCCCACCUGUAAGCAUCUGCACGGCUCUCCCCACUGCGACACAAAUGAACCAUGUGUGGGAGGCUGUGUGUGCAAUGACGGCUUUGUGCUCAAGGACAGAGUGUGUGUGCCCAUCCGAAAGUGUGGCUGCCAGGACAACAAAGGACAGAACCAUUAUUUUGAUGAGGUCUGGUACACAGAUCACUGUGAGAAGAGGUGUGAGUGUGAGGAGGAUGAUGGUGAAGGACACAUUGAGUGUGACGAUGAUGAGUGUGACGGGGAUGACAUCUGCUAUAUGGAUGGAGAGGGAGAAUACACGUGCAAGUCCACAGACUUCAGUGAGUGCACUAUUGAGGAAGACCCCGAGUACAGAACGUUCGACGACAUGAAGCAUGACUUUGAGGGGACCCACUCUUAUGUCCUGGUCCAAUCAAUUGGUCUGCCAAAGAACCUCCCCGACGUCUAUGUUGAGGGCAUCAACCGAAUAAAGAAUGAUCAGCAUGGGGACAGCAGCGAGGAAGACCAUGAUGAUGACCAUGGCAGCAGAGGAAGAGACGACAGCAGUGAGGAGGAUGGCAGCAAUGAACAUGGAGACAGUGGCUUCCCAAGGGAGCUAAAGAUCAGAGUCUACAACCACACUGUGGAGUUUAAGAAGAACAGGAAACUUUAUGUGGAUGGUAUGAGGUCUCAACCACCAGUAUCACCAACCACAGGUCUCAAGGUCCUUCAGCGAUCCUCUCGCAUCUACCUUAAAACAGACUUUGGAUUCUCUGUAGAGUUUAAUGGAAUUGGCAAAACUGAGAUCAUCCUGCCACACACAUACAAGAGGAGAGUGGGAGGACUGUGUGGGAACUUUGACGGCAAGAAGAAGAACGACAUGAUGAAGCCAGAUGGCAGCCAGGCCAAACGUGUUAAGGAAUUUGGAGAGAGUUGGAGAGUGACAGAGGAGAGGCUGAAUAUAAGAUGGAGGCGAUCAGCAAGGCGUGGUUUGUCUCGACCCUGAGAGAACAUCUACAGGCCAAUGGCAUGGAUUUCAUACUUCUUUUUCCUUUAACAUAAAUAUAACUUAAGUGUGUCACAUAUACACUAGUGCUUUCAGUUAAAAAUCCAGUUUAUUUUUGUUUGUAAUAUUUCCUUUUAAGAUUUCCUUAUGUUCCAUAGUCUAUUGUACAUUAGAGUCAUUAUAUACCUUACAUUAUAGUAGAUGUGAGAUGCUUUGUAUACAUUAUAAGUAUUAUCAUCAAAUAAAGUAAUAAUGUCACAUGUCUUUA